GCGCCCACCACCCCGUACGUAUGCCGCACGCAAGCGCCCGGUGCGCUGAUUUACAACGCCGCGCCCGCGCCGCACCACACCGCGACAACAUGAACUACGCGUACGAACCUUCUGACCAUUUACCAGUGUCUAUUAAGCGUGAAGUUGACAUUGAGUACCAUGAUAACGAUUACUUUGCAUACGCACCCGUGGAAGUCGAACGGCAUCCUGAGAUGGUUUCCUUUUCACCUUCAUCACCGACAAAAUUGAUGGAUUUAAGUAACAGUUCGGAGAGACCUACACAUCAGACGUGGCCGUCAAACUUAUCGUUUGACGGUGAUGAAAGAGAAUAUCCACAAACACAAUACCCACCUUACGAGCAAUACCAGAAGGAGUAUCCCAGAAAUUUUUACUUUGAAGAUUCCAAUUCUAAGGAUGGCAUGCAGAGAUACUUCGAGAGCAACGACAUGCCAAAAUUAGGAAUCACAUAUAGGUCGUCAAUUGACGAAAACGUCAUAGAGACAGAAGAUCAGAGAAGAGCUAGAAAACGCACAAAAUCAUCGAAGAAGAAGUCUGCAAGCUUCGAGGAGUUGCAGGUGCAGCGAGUGAUGGCGAACGUGCGCGAGCGGCAGCGCACGCAGAGUCUGAACGAGGCGUUCGCGAGCCUACGGCAGAUCAUCCCCUCGCUGCCCAGCGACAAGCUGUCCAAGAUUCAGACGCUGCAGCUGGCCACGCGCUACAUCGAGUUCCUGUACCAGAUCCUGUCGAGCGGCGAGCAGGUCAGCGACAGCGGCAGCGACGCCGGCUCCGACCACGGCAAGUACCUCGCGCAGGACAAGCUAAGCUACGCCUUUUCCGUCUGGAGGAUGGAAGGAGAGUGGACCAAUGGACAAACGUGA